AUGGUACGCUCAUAUCGUAUUGCAUCCAUUCCGGGCGACGGUAUCGGCCCCGAAGUGGUCAGCGCCACCAUUCAAGUGGUGGAAAAGCUCGCCAAAACUCUGGGAACAUUCGAUAUUGACUUCACUCAUAUCCCAUGGGGAACGGAAUACUAUAAGGAACAUGGCAAAUAUGUCUCGGACGACUGUCUUGACACACUGCGCAAGUUCGACGCGGGACUAUUUGGGGCAGUCGGCGCGCCAGAUGUGCCGGAUCAUAUAUCAUUGUGGGGCCUCCUCCUCGCCAUAAGAGGCCCGCUUCAACUCUACGCCAACGUGAGACCAGUGCGGACAUUCCCGGGCACAAAAUGCCCUCUCAACACCGCCACCGAGGGAAUCGACUGGAUGCUCGUCCGUGAGAACUCCGAAGGCGAAUACGCCGGUCAAGGAGGACGUUCACACGUCGGUCAACCAUGGGAAGCCGCAACUGAAGUCGCCAUAUUCACGCGGGUGGGUAUCGAGCGGAUCAUGCGGUUCGCGUUUGAGACGGCCCAGUCUCGACCCCGGAAGCUUCUCACCGUGGUAACGAAGAGUAAUUCCAUGCGCAAUGGGCUGGUCCUUUGGGACGAAGUCGCGGCGUUGGUCGCGAAGGAUUUCCCCGACGUGAGGUGGGAUAAGAUGCUCGUGGAUGCGAUGACGGUGCGCAUGGUGGCCAAGCCGCAGUCGAUUGAUACCAUUGUCGGUACGAACCUACACAUGGAUAUCUUGUCGGAUCUUGCAGCUGCGUUGGCCGGUUCAAUUGGCGUGGCUCCUUCGGCGAAUCUGGACCCGACGCGUAAGAAUCCGUCCCUGUUUGAGCCUGUUCAUGGCAGUGCGUUUGAUAUCACUGGGAAGGGUGUGGCGAAUCCCGUUGCUACCUUCUGGUCGGCGGCUGAGAUGUUAACUUGGAUUGGUGAGAAAGCAGCGGCUGAUAAGCUCAUGGGUUGUGUCGAAAGGGUUUGUGCUGCGGGCGUAUUGACGCCUGAUUUGGGUGGCACGUCGGAUACCCAGGGAGUCGUUGAUGCCGUAUGCAGCGAAAUCGAGAAGUUGAAGGUAUAG